UCUACAAAAGAACAGAUUAAUUUAAGAAACAAAUGCAUACUAAUUGGUAUAAUAGUAAUUAUAUUAUUGGCUAUAGCAAUAUGGGGGGUAUCCCGCAUAAUAAGAAAUUCCACCAUAACUCAAAAAAUACGUGAGUUAUAUAAUAAAAGAAAAGUAACUGCAAUAGAAGCAGAAGCAGAUAGAAUCAAAGCAAAGCUGGAGCAGGAGAUAAAGGAGCAGGAGAAGCAGGAUCUGGAUGAGUAUGCGCAGCAGAUACGGGGUGCAUAUAUAAAUGUGAAGCAGAAGAGUCUAGAGCAGGAGUGGCUGGAGGAUGAGAGGCUGGAGGAGCAGGUGGAGCACGCGAAUGAGCUGAAGAAGGUGCAGGAGCAGGAGAGGCUGGCUGAGGAGAGGUGGGAGCAGAAAGAGUGGAAGCAGCAGGAGAGGCACAAGCGGGCGCUGGAAAGGCAGAACCUGGAGCACGCGAAUGAGAUACGGGAGAUGAGGGAGGUGGGGAAGCUGAAGAUGAAAGAGAGUGAUAUGAUAUUCGAGAAGAAGAGACAGGAGAAGCUUAAGGCGAGUAUAAUAUUGAAUACUCAGAAGGUUCUGGAGAUGAAGGAGGAAUAUAGGCUGGAGGAUCAGAUGCGUGCAAAUUCGAACAAGGAGAGGAAGGAAAGGAUGAAGAAGUGGAAGGAGGAGCAGAAGAGGCAGGAUCAGGAGAGAGACGAGAGGGACGAAAGGCUGGAUAUGCAGGAUCUGGUGAGGCAGGAGAGGCUGGAGAUACAGAAGAUGCAGGAGGAGCUGGCAAGGCUGGAGCAGGAAGCAACUGAGGCUGAAGAAGCAGGGAGCAGGGAGCAGAGAGCAGCUGUAAAUAAUGCAAGAAAUAAUUAAAAUAAGCUAUGUACCCACAUUGUGGAAGAUAACUUAACUUUGGGCAUGGAUGGCAGUAGUCUACUAUAAAAGUACAUUAGAAUAUCUGAUUGUUUCUUUAUUGGAUAAAUAAGAGUGAUGUAUAAUUUGUAAUAUAAGCAUGAUUUAUUAAAAUAGAAUAUUAUUUAUGCCUGAUAUGAUAAUCACCACUCAGACGGGAGCCCCAAGAGCAAUCUGUCUGUGUGCCAUAUUGUGCAGUGAUAAUUCUAAAGCAAACUAUUGGAAUCUCUGAAUCAGUAUGUCAACUUACGACUAUUUAGCACAUUCACUAAUUUCGGAAAGACUCUGG